AAGGUUAGUGCAAUUGAUUGAGAACAUCGCAAUUCUAUUCUAUAUCAAGUAUUUCUUUCUUGUAAAUAAAUUGUUUUUUGUGUAAAAAAACAUUUUAAUAGAGUGGAAAAAGGUGUCGUUUUUAUUAAUCGAUAUUAGUCAAUUAGUGUCAUAAAUAUUACAGAUUCCCACUGUAUCAUGUAUUGUUGCGGGUGCAAUUAAAUACGUUUUAAAGGUUAUAAGGUUAUUUCAGUUCAAUAUAAAAGUUGGAAACAAAUUGCUUUCCUACUGAUAAAUAUUAAGACGGAUUAGAUAAGAAAAACAUUACGUGAAGUUAAGAGUUUUCUUUUGAUUCGGUUAAAAGUAUAAUUUUAAAUGCAAUGAAAAUAAACGAGAAAAAUAUGGUAGCUUUUGCAACUUCAGCAACACCAGUAGAUCGUGAAGGUUGGUUGAACAAACGUGGUGAAUUGAAUCGUGGUUAUCAAAGAAGAUGGUUCGUUCUCAAAGGAAAUAUAUUAUUUUAUUUCGACCGACGCGGUGACAAGGAACCUGUGGGCAUGAUAGUUCUUGAAGGUUGUACCAUUGAAUUAGCAGAAGACGAAGAACAAUUUGGUUUUCAGAUCGUAUUUCAUGGUCCAAACAAUAGAAAUUAUGCUCUUGCAGCAGAAUCUCAGGAAUCUAUGGAGCAGUGGAUGAAAGCUUUAGCAUGUGCAAGCUAUGAUUACAUGAAAUUAAUGGUAGCAGAAUUACAAAGACAACUGGAUGCAGCAGAAGAAGAAACAACAAUGGUGAUGGCUCCUGCUCAGUCUCCAAAAGCUCCUCCAAGACAACGACAUAAUCCUUUCAAUAGAUCCGAGUUGCAUCAUCGCUCACAGAGCGUUAGAUCUGCCCCAGGAAGAACGGAAAAUGUUCCAAGAACGAGGAUAACGUUUCGCGAAUUGCAUAAUAUGUAUGGUAGAAGAAUUUUGGCAGACUUGAAUGAAUGGAGGCAUACGAGAAAAACUGUAGAAGCUCCCUUAAUUAGUUUUUAACGAUGUAUUAUAUACAGAUUGUAAAUAUUUAAUCGGAAAUAAGGUGAUGUGUAGCCGGCGAAAGAAAUAUAACGAAAUUGCAAAAUCGA